UAAGUGCUUAGUGCGAUACCUGUGUGGCACAUGGCAGACGCCCCAUACAUGAAGUUGUCAUGGCUCUACCACUGGCCUGGGGCCAGGCAGCCAGGGAUCAAUCUCAGCUGCCCCCUCAUACAAGCUGUGCUCUCCUUAAGUGCUGGGGCUUUUGGACUGGAAACUGUCUUGGGAUCUUGGGACCCGUCUUCCACCCAUUUCAUCCCCUGGGACACUUGAGAGUGACCAGGAUACACAUCAAACAACCGAGAGCAUCUGCUGCCAUAGAUGGAGAAGGAGGGGAGAGGAUCAUAGGCUUCUUCAGGGCUCCAGAACCCUAGCCAGGAGUUACUGAGACUUUGCCAGGACAUACUUGGGUUUUGCUGAGCUGGUUUCCAGGAUUCCUCCUUCUCCAGAGAGUGAGAGCGUAGAGUGAGCAAGGUCCAUCAGAGAGAACUUCUUCAAUCACCUCUAAAGAAAGGGGACGGGUGGUACACAGGUCGAGAGUGGGGGACAGUGGCCGGGUGAUUGGUGAUGGUUAUCAGGUCUAGUACUGCACGCCUGGUUAGACCUGGAGCUUGGAGCCCAGAUCUGGGUGUGGGGAGCUUCCUCCUUCCCAGGCGCCCUUGAGAUGGAUUGAGGUCUCUAACCUCGGCCUGUGGACAUAGACCUGACCCUUGGCCUCAUCAACAUUGUGUUUUCCUGGUUCUUGCCUCCAGAAGAGGGUAGUUACAAGAGCAUUCAGCCGCACAGGUCAAAAGUCUCCAUGAUUAAGACAGUGGAUCAGAGGUCACCAUUACAAAACCAGGAGCUGUACCCAGAGUCAGGGAAGAGCACAUUCCUAAGGAUGGCUCAGCCUAAACCAGAUGGGCCCUGGGGGAGGCUGAGAGGAGGCUAUGUCCUUCAGGUCUCUGGCUCAGACAGUGCUCCCCGGUAAUAGCUUCCUUUUGGGCCUCCAGUCAACCUCAGAGGCCCCUCCUGCCUUCAGGACUGAUGAGAGGGGUGAAUUAUAACGAGGAGACUUUUGCACUUGCAAAUGACCUCCAUCCAUCCAUUGGCUCUUCGGACACUGACCAAAGUCCCAGAGUCACACUGGUGCUAUGAGAUUCAAGCCAAGGCCUCCAACUAUGCUUGCUCAGGGCCCAGCCAGUGGGGUGAAGACUGCCAGAAGAGCCGCCAGUCCCCCAUCAACAUUGACACUACAGAGGCACAGGUGGACUCAAACCUGGGACCCUUCUCCUUCUCUGGCUAUGACAAGAAGCAACAGUGGAGAGUCCAAAACAAUGGGCACUCAGUAAUGGUGUUGCUGGAUCAAGAGGCCUCCAUCGCUGGAGGGGGAUUGAGUACCCAGUACCGGGCUUUGCAGCUGCAUCUGCACUGGUCGGAGGAGAUGGACGGGGGCUCCGAGCACACCAUCAAUGGGAAUCGCUUUGCCAUGGAGAUGCACAUAGUACACGAGAAAGAGAAGCGGCCAUUGGAGAAUGAGAAGGAGGCCCAGGAUUCCAAAGAUGAGAUUGCAGUGCUGGCCUUCCUGGUGGAGGCUGGAUCCGAAAAUGAUGGCUUCCAGCCUCUGGUGGACACACUGUCUUCUGUCCCCAGACCCAAGAUGAACACCACAAUGAAAGAGAGCAUCAGCCUGUUUGACCUCCUCCCCAAGAAGGAGAAACUGAGGCAUUACUACCGCUACCUGGGCUCACUUACUACUCCAGGCUGCCAGGAGAAGGUUGUCUGGACUGUGUUCCAGGAACGCAUUAAGCUACACAGGGAUCAGAUCCUCGCAUUCUCCAAGAAGCUGUACUAUGAUGUGGAUCAGAAACUGAGCAUGACAGAUAACAUCAGGCCUUUGCAGCGCCAGGGCCAGCGCGUCGUGUUCAAGUCUCAGGCCCCAGGACAGCUGCUGCCCUUGCCUUUGCCCACCCUGCUGGUCCCCAUGCUCACCUGCCUGAUGGCUGGCUUCCUCCAAUGAUAGCUCCCUUCUGGACACUUGACCUCUGCUCUCAGCCUGUAGAAGCCUGGGGCCUCCAUUCCUCAGGCUUCCUACCUUGGAUUUUGAUGAUGAUUAAAUGGAUAUAUUUUUGGAGA